AUGGCUGGCCCCGGUGGUGGUCCUUCGCGCCGCAGCCACACCAAGUCGCGGAAAGGCUGCAAGACCUGCAAGAAGCGGCACAUUCGCUGCGACGAAACCUUCCCGCAAUGUCGCAAUUGCACCAAGCACCAGGUCCGUUGCGACUACAACGACAACCCGGCCUCGGCCGCGCCAGACAGCCCCAAGGGACCGCAGCAGCCCAACCUUCUGUGGACCCCUGAGAUCGAGGCGACAAUCAACAUCUGGCAGUCCACCGGCGAAUUCCCCUUCCCGGAGCUCAACGUCUAUCCCCAGCCGCAGUGGCGCAACUACUCCAAGACGGAUCUCCGUCUAAUCCACCAUCUGUCGUCCAUCUCCAACGAGAUGUUCCGCGGCAGGACCUCCAAGCUCACCGUCUGGGCGGAGAACAUGCCCAAGUUUUUGAGCAUCGCGUCUUCAUAUCCUUUCGUCAUGCACUCCAUCCUGGCUUUCUCCGCUUCGCACUUGGCCUGGAUUUCGCAGUCCACCGAGACGCGGAAUCUGGCCAUUGCCCACGGUGGCAUCGCGCUCAAGGGCCUCCACGAGGCCAUUGGCAACUUCUCCAGGGCCAACUCCGACGCUGUGUUGGCUUCUUCGCUCCUCCUGUCAUGGCAGGCCACGGACUGGCGUGGAUGGGCAUCGCUCAUGACUGGAAUCAAGACGAUCGUCAAUGCUAUGCAGCCUUGGAGACACGAGUCGGCAUUUGCAGACUACAUCGCUGAGCAAGGAGCAACAGUUUCUCAAUCAUUCAUGAACUCGGCCGGUUCCUUCGUCGCGCCUGACGCCCGCCGCGAUCAUCUCGCGACUCUGCAGUUGGUUCACAGCAACAUCCAGCGGUUACAACCCUACUUGGCAAACUACGACCAGGAGUGCAAGUGGUUGGAGCAGCUGAAGGGCUACAUCGAGCGCCUGAGAAUAUCGAACCCGCCGCAGACGCCAGAGGAUCAGUUCCAGCAGCUUUACGCUCUAAGAAAGUGGCUUUUCUGGGUGCCUAUCUCUCUGUUGUCUGCCAGGAGUGGGGACAUCAACGUUCUGCUCGUGCUCUCGUUCUUCUACGCCGCUGCGGUCGCGAUCGAGCCGAUUUUCCCGGACAUUGGUGCCGCUUUCUGCGCGGACAACGCCCUUUUGCCCUUGGAGGAGAUUAUUCGCUACGUGAAUACCUUGCAAGCAACCCAGGGCUACGCACAGGCUGUGCAGACCGCCGUCUACUUGAUGGAUUUCCCCAGGGAUACCGCCUCAGCGUAUCGGACGCGUCGGGAAUGGUCUCGCCAGCAGACGGACGAUCUGCAGAUCAAGCAAGAUCCUUACGGUCUGGACACCCUCAACCUCGACCUCGAGACGCAGAUUCAGGAGUACGGCUAUGGGCAGAGCCUGAGCCCCGCCUUCGCUCCUUCCCCUCUUCACGUGCAAGCUCCUGGAAUCAUGGAGGCUCGGUCGCCGUACUUGGAGGUCCCUAGGUCCGCGAUAGAUUACAGGCCGAGUAGCGCCUACUCGUCGCCGCUCGGAUCGCCAGCAGCCCCGCCCAUCAGCUAUGCGCACGAAGACAAUAUGUUUAACUUUGGUGGUGGGAUGGGACUUGGAUAUACCGGCGGGUUCGUGGCCACUCCGACGGUAUGGACCUAG